UCGGCCUACUGUAUUUUAGCAGUUAUUUUGGGGGUUAUUUUAACACAGCGCAAUUCAAGAUCCUAUUCUCCAAUAAAAAUGCACGCGCCUGUUUCGACAUUUGACCAAUCAGGUUGAUGGGUAAUGAAACCACGCCCGCGCGCUAAUAACUUGCGGCAGUAUAGUGUCAUACAUUCGCGGGAGAAGAGCUUUGCAAAGUUUUGUCAGCAACUAUUUAAUUUUAUGGAAUUUAUUUGAGGUACUUGGCAGGCGGUAGCUGCGUGUUAUUAGUACAAUCUUUACAGUUUGUUGGCUGCGCACUACUAGACAGCUUCCUAGCUAGCAAGACAGCUAACAACAUAACUGGCAAACUUUUUGCAAGAGGUCUGUCGUUUUGAUCCAAAGCCUCUAAUAUGGCAAUCAUGUGUCAGUCAAGACGUGCCCUGAUGGAAAUCCCAGCUCCACAGCCGAAAAUUGCAGCUCGAAUGAGAAGGUCCUACCUGGAGGUUCUAAGUUCACGCAUACCUCCAUUCUCAACCACCUCUAGAGGCAGAAACCUGACCAGUAACUCAAAACGUGGGCAUUCAUUGGACCCAGCCAUAUACCGAACAGGGAGUAGUCGGAGUGAGGCCCAAAGUGAGAGAAUGGAAGACAACCAGACACCCCUGUCCAACCAGCAGCUUGUGCAGCUCAUCAGAUCUUUCAUCCUAGUAGAACAGGGGCAGAGGCAGGAGCCCAGAGCCCUCACUACAGACCUGAAGCUGUUACAGGAGGACUUGCACCUUAAGAAGACCAAUGUCUACAGAUCUAUACCCUACUCACGCCUGGGGUCCAACAGAGAUGCACACUGUUACAGAAAGGCAUAUCCACACCUAGUGGUGUUUAAAGUUUCCUGCCAGGAGUGGGGUCAACUGCUGCUGCAGAACGAGGAGUGGGAGUCUGCUCUAGAGCACGCCCUAGUGGCGUGGAGGUACACCAGCGAGCUGCCACAGUGGGACACCAGCAGCCACAACUUAGUGAGGGAACAGUGUUACAGCAUGCUGGCAGCACACUGCAUCACAGCUCUACAGCACUACUGCCCAGACCCCAGCAAAGCCAUAGAGCUGCACAGGAGGUUUAAAAUGGCACAGCUGCACAGUCAGUUGAUCUCUCCUUGUAUUCAGGAGCUGGAGAGAAGCCUCGGCGAAGCACAGGUUUGUUCCAUGAAUACCCGCUGAAAUGGCCAACACUAAGAUCAGCUGACAACAAUCAGCACGGCUUCCAAGUUUAUGGGGUUGCACUAUUGAACAGCGUGUAUCAGUGGUUGCCAUUCAACUGUGUUUGGUAUCCUUGCCUUGUGUUGCGCUAUUCCCCCUUGCUUUGCCUACAGUAUUCCCCCUUGCUUUGCCUACAGUAUUCCCUCAGAGUAAAACAAGAGAAAGCUUUGAAUUUUGGUAAGCUGUUUUUUUAAAUAUGAAUUUAAGCUUUUUGUAUUUAAGUUUUGUAAAAUGUGUUUAUUGCCAUUGAACUGUUGAAUGUUAUCAUAAGGAAAUUAUGAAAUGGCCUUUAAAAUGUGAAAUGCUCUCAUACGGAAAUUAUGAACUGUCCUUUUCACCAAGAUGUUUUUAUAUGUGGGGGAUGUUUUUGUGGAUGUGUUGAAAAAUGCUACGAUACAUGAAACAGCUGCCUUAUUUCAACUUGGCCGAAUAGUACCUACUUUGUAAAUAUUUGUCUAAAGUAACUGUUUUGCACUUAUUUUCUUCAUCCUGGAAACUUGACAUUUUGAUAAAAUAGAAUCUAAUUUAAUAAAAUUCUACUUAGUUUUUCAACA